UUAAACGGUAAAUUUUGCUAAACGUCCAUAUUUAUUAAGAAUUAAACAAUUUUUAAUAAUUAAAAAAAGGAAAUAUUUAACUGUGAAAAUAAUGGAAGAGAUGAGUGUAGAUAAAUACUCCUCAACUGAAUUAUCGAAAAAUUUGGAUAUUAGCUGUGUAAAUAAAGAUCCAGUUGCCAAGCUGAAUAAAAUUUUUGGUCAAGUUCACUUUAAGUCUAGCCUGGUUGCUGGUGUCCACAAUAAAUGCUGCUUCAAAGUCUCACUUCAAGUGGAAGGUCGACAUUUUAGUGCCACUGGUAGAACAUUUAAACAGGCACAGAGAUCAAGUGCCCUAGCAGCAUUGGCCAAUUUGUGUAGUGUAUUUGUUGAAAGGGACAAUUUGAAGUGUGCUCAGGUAUCGGAUAAGGAGAAACUAAACACUAAGGAUGAACUGCAUAAUAAUAGUAUUAAUGAAACUGAUUCGAAUGCCAAUUCCGAUAUUACCCAAAUUACUAAUGAAUGUAAACAAUCUGUAACGGAAAUUCCUGAAAUUAAAUCCAGUGCCUUGACGACUCUUCCAAAAACGCUUGAUGCAAUAGAUAAUACAUCUCAACAAAAAGAACUAAUACCAUUAACUAUUAAAGAAAUUGAAGCUAAGUGUUUAGAUGAAAAAUCUAUCCCUUUGGAAAAUGUUACAAAUUUACCAACAACUAGCGAUUCCCAACCAAAAGUAGCUGAAUCUAAGAUACAAAAAGCAAUUUGCAAAAAACUUUUCAAUAGCGAAAACUCUUUCGACUUGGGCUGCAUGUUGGAAAGUAAACUAAAAUCUUGUCAAGUAAACCUAAAACGUAAACCUCUUACAAAUAAAACCUUUUCCCAUAUGAAUGUAGAAAAUGUAGAGAGUAUGGAGAUGAAGGUGUGUGUAAAGAAGAGCUAUGCUAAAAAUCACAUCGAAUCUUGCGACUCUAGUGUAGUGAUUAUUGAGGAAAGCUUCCAAAAAUCACAAAAAAUUAUUUCAGUAAACAAAAGCAAUCAAUCUAGAUCAUUAAAGAGACGUCAUGGAGAUAGUCCACAAUUUGAACAACCAUUGCCCAAAAGACGUGCAACUAAUAAAUGUAAAACUUUGUGUCAAAUGCCCCAAAAUAUAGGCAGUGCCCGGUAUUCUCAAAAAAGUACAAAGGCUGUAAUGACUUUACAAAAUGUAUGUCCAAACUUACAGUUCACUUUGGAGGCAGAAAUGGGUUCUGCUCUAGUUCCCUACUUUAUGAUGUCGGCCAUAGUAGAUGGACGGAAGUUUUUCGGUCAUGGCAAAACUAUACAAUUAGCUAAACACGAUGCAGCUGUACAGAUUUUAAAUCAUAUAGAAAAAUCAAAAACACCAGCAAAUAGGCAAAACAAUCAACAAUUGGUUUUACAAAAUAAUAAUACUAAUAGAAAUAAUGCAACUUCAUACGAUUUGCAAUCGGAAUAUCUUAAUAAUAGACAAAACAACCAACAAAUGGUUUUACAAAAUAAUAAGAGAAAUAACGCAACUUCUGCUUACCAAUUGCCCACCCAGAAGGCGGAUAUAGUGGAAGCCAAAAUAAUGCAAAAAUUUCAACAAUUAACUAGAGGACGUCAAGAGAUUCGUGAGUAUAAAGUUUUGGCUGGUGUAGUAAUGACCUUUAAUAUGAAUUUUGAAAAAGCGAAAGUUGUAUCCGUUGCUACCGGCACUAAAUGUAUCAAUGGUGGGAAUAUCUGUUGCAACGGUUCCGUGCUUAAUGAUUCACAUGCCGAGGUUGUAGCGAAAAGAGGUUUAAUGAAAUAUCUCUAUAAUCAACUACGUUGGCAUUGUGAUCCAGAAUUGCAACAAAAUUCGAUAUUUCAAAGAAAUCCUAAUAGUUUACAAAUACCUUAUUCCUUAAAAUCUAAUGUACAUUUUCAUUUGUACAUUAACACUGCCCCCUGUGGGGAUGCACGCGUCUUCAGUUUUAAUGAUCAAUUUAAUACGGACAACAACAAGACAUUUAGUUCUUUUAAUAAUGGCCAAUAUGGUCAAUUACGUACUAAGGUUGAGGGUGACAUGGGUACCACACCGAUUGGUACACGCUAUUAUCCUCAAACUUGGGAUGGUGUUUUAUUGGGCGAACCUUUAUUAACCAUGUCGUGUUCAGACAAAAUAGCUCGUUGGAAUGUAGUGGGUGUACAAGGAGCUCUCUUAUCCCACCUGAUAGAACCUAUUUAUUUUCAUUCCAUUGUUUUGGGUAGUAUGUUUAAUGCUAAACACUUGAAUCGUGCCUUUUGUGGACGCAUUCAACAUACUUUAGGCUACUUACCUCAACCAUAUCGUCUUAAUCGUCCUCUAUUGGGCCAAACUAGUACACCUUUACCCCGUAAUACUUAUAGAGUACCUAGUAUAGGUAUUAAUUGGAAUUUUGGCGAUAAUGAUACUGAAAUCAUUUCAUUGCCUACAGGACGUAGAAUUUACAAUGAGACAUCCUUAUUAACGAAACAAGCUUUCUUUUAUAAUUAUAACUAUUUGUUGAAAAAUUUACCAAAUAUAGGCGGUGCCUAUAUGAGCAAUAACUAUGCUGAAGCAAAGGAAAAUGCUCGAUAUUUUCAAAUUGUUAAAAAUGAAAUGUUUGCGGCAUUUUAUCGUGCCGACUUGGGUAGUUGGAUUAAAAAACCUAUCGAACAAAAUGAAUUUACAAUGAAUUAAUGUCCCUUUUUAAAAAUUAUAAAUUUUUACUACAAAAAUAACGAAAACAGAUUAGAGUCUGUUUAAAGAAGAAAUAAUUUAAUUUUGUGUUUUUUUAACACUUUCGUUUUAAUAUUAGUGAAUUACAUAGCUGUAUAUGUAUGUAUGUCUGUAUUAAAUCUUCGAGUUUACAUAACUUGAGGGAAACAAACUUUAAUUUGUUUUGUCUUAAUUUAAAAAGUAAUAUUUUAAAAUAAUUAUAAGUCAAAAACCAAACAAUGUUUUUCUUUAUAAAAAGUGAAU